AUGCUGCAAAAAAAAACCCGUGUGGCCAAAGCGCAGACGAUCUCAGGGACAGGCGCAAAUCAUUUUGGUGGUCUCUUCUUGGCAUACCAAGGUUUCGCAUCUGGUGACUUGGAUAAUGAUUUCUGGGCAGUCCGCCACCUUGUCAAUUGUAAGAUUCCGCUAUUGAUCUGUCAAUGUUUUGUGAAGAACGCUGGGCCCUACGGAGAGAGAAUCGGCUGGUUGACUGUCGUCCCUAAAGAUCAAUACGAGGCCAGUCAAAUCGAGAGUCAGAUCAGCGUAUUACAAUGCAGUGAGAUCUUCUACCCUCCUGCUAACGGGGCUCGGGUCGUCUCCAAGAUUUGA